AUGGGGCGGAUGAUGACGAUCGAGCAGGAGGGCCGCGGUCAAAGCGUUAGCUUGUCGAGGAUUGCAGUUUCGGACACUCACGGCGAAGAUUCGCCGUAUUUUGCUGGGUGGAAAGCGUACGAUGAAGACCCUUAUGACGAGUCACUCAAUCCCUCGGGCGUCAUACAAAUGGGACUCGCCGAAAAUCAAGUUUCGUUCGAUUUGGUAGAGCAAUACCUUGAAAAACACUCGGAUGCUACUAACAUUGGUGCAAAUUCUGGAUUCAGGGAGAAUGCCUUGUUUCAAGACUAUCAUGGCCUUCUGUCUUUCAGACAGGCAAUGGCAAGUUUUAUGGAGCAAAUAAGAGGCGGCCGAGCAAACUUCGACCCUGAAAGAAUUGUAAUUACAGCUGGCGCCACCGCCGCCAACGAGCUCCUCACCUUUAUCCUCGCCGACCCGGGAGACGCCGUCCUCGUCCCUACCCCUUACUAUCCAGGGUUCGACCGAGACCUCCGCUGGAGAACUGGUGUGAACAUCAUCCCCGUUCACUGCCACAGCGCCAACAACUUCGCGAUCACACCCGAAGCCCUCGACUCGGCCCUCAAACAUGCCCGUGCAUCCAACACAAAUGUCCGGGCCCUCCUCAUCACGAACCCUUCCAACCCGCUCGGGGCCACCCUCUCGCGCGCCACCCUCGACCUCGCCCUCGACUUCGUGUCUUGCCACGACCUUCACCUGGUCUCGGACGAGAUCUACUCGGGCUCCGCCUUCUCCCCCGACGAGUUCGUCAGCGUGUCCCAAGUCCUCGAGUCCAGAGGAUAUAAAGACGCUGAGCGUGUCCAUGUCGUGUACAGCCUGUCGAAAGACCUCGGCCUCCCGGGCUUCCGCGUGGGGACGAUUUACUCGUACAACGACCGGGUGGUCCAGACGGCACGGAGAAUGUCGAGCUUCACGCUCAUCUCGUCGCAGACGCAGAAGUUACUGGCGUCGAUGCUUUCGGAUAAAGAGUUCACGGAGAAGUACGUUAGGAUUAAUCGGGAGAGGCUGAGGGGGAGGUACGAGGCGACGGUUCUUCUCCUUCAUCAGACUAAUAUGGUGAGCACGCCUUCCCUAACUGGGAGCCAAGAGGCUCGUCGGCGGUUGCCUUUGGCCGUAGCGUCCUCUCUUUGGCUUUUGGUCGUCUUUGCCCUUGCGAUAUUGGAUGUGAAGGGCGUAGCAGAUGCAUUCGCCGAGAUCUGGCGUCGUUCUGUGGAGGAGCGUCGGCCUUCUAGUGUCGCGGAGGUGGAGCGGCUGCAGCUCGGACUAUCCGGUGGUGUCGGCUGGUUGGGCAACAGAUUUGCCAAUUGUUGA